GAAUAGGUUGGAAGUCUUGGAAGAAGCGAUGGUUUAUCCUUACACGGACUUCUUUGGUUUUCUUUAAGAAUGAUCCUAGUGCACUUCCACAAAAAGGUGGUGAAGUAAACCUCACUUUGGGCGGCAUUGACUUGAAUAACUCUGGAAGUGUUGUUGUUAGAGAAGAUAAAAAAUUGCUGACCGUGUUAUUUCCUGAUGGGCGUGAUGGCCGAGCUUUCACCCUUAAGGCUGAAACAUCGGAAGAUUUAUUUGAAUGGAAGACUGCCCUAGAACAUGCCCUCGCACAAGCACCAAGUGCUGCCAUUGUUAUGGGCCACAAUGGAAUAUUUCGGAAUGACACGAGUGAUACAAUGGAAGGGUCUUUCCCUCAUCAAUGGAAGGAUAAGCGCCCUGUCAAGUCUUCAGUUGUUGGAAGGCCAAUUUUGCUUGCACUAGAGGAUAUUGAUGGAAGUCCAUCUUUCCUUGAGAAAGCUCUACAAUUUUUAGAAAAUUUUG